AUGGCGGCUCACUUCGGCGGCAGCAGGAUAGUCGAGCUCCCGAAUGGAGCGUGCGGCUUUCGAGAUCUGUCUGCUGGUGGAAAGGCGCCGAUAUGUGGUUGUAGGAGAUUCUGGUUGAACAAUCAGCUUGGAGAUGCAGCGUUCUGCUGGUGCGGACACCAUGCCGUUUAUCACGAGUUUGGGCUCGUCAACCCGUUCACACCAAGGGAGACGGUGCAAUACGUGCAUACAUCUCAACCGCCGGACAAUACGACCCAACCCGCGGCUCAGCCUGCUCCAACCUGGAGCGAGCUGAUAGCGACGCCAGCCGGGUCUGGAAAUGGUACUACUAACGUUGGCAGGCCUAACACUGCUGGACUCGGCAUCACAGACACUUCACAGCCAGCGUCACAGGCACACUCCAUUAACACGAAGCUCUGGCAGGCUCUCAAUGGAUUCGCGAGACAACAAGACAAUGGAACACGAUCUGGAGAUACCACUCGGCUGCCAUCCACGGCUGUACCCAGCGUCUGUGAUGAGCCAUCAAGGGCGAGUCCUACUCGGGAGCUUCGAGCGAGGAUGCAGUCAAAUCGACCUAUGGCACCGCCCGUGAACAUACCGGCGGUCAACAUCUACAUGAACCGCACCGAAGACUACAGCGCGACUGAAGUAGCGACACCAAGCGUUCGAGGAACACCUGAUUUCAGAGGCUUGAUGGCGCCAUUACCGCGACCUGCCUCCACGCCUACACGAGGUGCUGGUCCAACGCUUCGCCCGACUGGACCUGUCACUGCCAGCACAACGUCGAGACGCGAUCAUGCUGUCCCUACAGCCGCCAGUCAGCCCACCCAGCCACCUCGGACAAGCAUGGGCCCUGCGCUAUCGAUACAAGAGAUGUGCAACACAAUUCAAGAGUACGGACGCAGAAUUAAUGUCUUGGAGAGCAUGUCCUUCCAAUCCAUGCCCAUCGACCAACUGCAGGAUCGGUUCGACCUUCAAGAUGGGCGUCUGCUCGAUCUUGAGCACUGGCGUGUGGAACAGGACCGUGCACAGGAGGCGGAUGACACUCAAGAAAGACUCAACGCUGUCGAUGGUCGUGUUGUCGAGCUCGAGGGCUGGCGCCAAGAGCAGGAUCAAUCGAAGACGAGUCAAGAAACAGAAGAAUCCGAAAAGCCAUCCAGCAGCCAGAGACGGCGUCUGCUCCCCAUGGAGACCAGCUCGUUCACAUCAGAUGCUUCGUUCGACGACGAAAAUGCAGCUGCUCACACCGAGGCCGUUGUGCUUGCCACACUUGCUGCGACGGCAGAAACAGGACCGCGCAUUGACGCUCUCGAAUCUCGGAUCCUAAACCUCGAAAGUGCAUCACUGCCGUCUUCGCAUCGUCUCUGGCAUGUGCAAGUUGUGCUCCUUCCAUUUGGUCGUCAGCUGCCAGGUAUCUGGUUCUCUGCCAGUGAGUCCACUCGUCACUCUGUGCGAUCAGCUACGCAAGCUCUCGACGAGUGGAGUGGUUCGCGACCAACAUCGGGGACGUCCUUCAUCUCGACCGCCAGCAGUGGCGUGUGGACGACAGAAUCAAUCGAGGCAUGGGCAAGACAAACGCAGGACGAGUGGCUGUCUCCCAAAGCUUGCGGACCAAGUGGCUCGGUAUUCCAGAGGCUUGCAAGUCGUGGACUUGUUCGCGAUGUGACCUUGCAGUCGCCAGAUGCGCGGCAUAUCUGUAGCGCUAUCUCAGCCACCUUUGGAGAGGUGCUGAAGUCCGAGGAGCCCGUCAAGGAUGCAGCUGCAAAGUACCAUGGACUACAAGAACGAUUCAUUCCUCUACGGAAAGUGAAGAAGUCAACUCGUCUGCGUUUCUUGAGCUCUGCUGAAAUGCUCACACCAACUUCGUGGACUGCUGAAUUUCUGGAGUCGAGUGUCUUCAUGAAGAUCAAUGAUGGCGAGCGCAGGCUGUAUCUGACCACUCCGGAAGCCUACACUCAGCCGUCCCGGCCCGGCUGGUCGUGGCCCGCUCUCAAAGACUUGCCUGCUCGUGAUCUGGAUGGUGAACCUCAGCCAGCGCAGGCGGACCAUAACUUGGUAGAAGCUUGCUGGACAUACAAUGACCGCCUUGAUCACACUGUCAGCGCCUAUUCGUCAUUCGAGGACCAGUAUGGAUCUCCGUGGGGCAUCUCCACCGAAGGCGACGCCGGGACAGCUGCUGAGCAGCACAUCCGUCUACCAUCACCCGCCGCUACACGUCCCUCACAGCUACGGUCUUCUUCAAUGCCGAGCGCUACCUCACCCGAGGCUGUCGCCAUCAAUGUUUCCACGAAAAGACGUGUUGCGUCCUUCGAGCUUGGGCCAGUCGCGAACACCGUCGAGUUCUCACCAGAGUACUUCUCGACGAAGCGCCAGCGUACAUCCACUUCUCCAGAACUCGAGCGGCGUGGCGUCAACUUCACUCCCAGGUGGAGCCCUGCAGAAGAUCUAGGCCCCGGUCGAAGCAGUCAAGCAGCUAGCAAUCGAGCCAGGGGUACAACGCCGUUCGCGUAUCCUACUCCUCACAGCCACUUCGAGUCAAGAUGUGGAGACGGUGACACUCAGGUUGACGAAGACGUUCCGCCGCCGGCUUACAGGGAUGUUCUGGACGACCCGGAGGAAUGGGAAGGUAUGCAGGAUGCUGGUGAUGAUCAGCAUGAAGGGGUACAUCACGCAGUACAUCGAAAUGAAGAGGUCAUUGAAGGUCUAUACGACGAGGACAACCUGGAAGAUGGACUUGCUGUAUUUUGA